AUGGGUUUCCGAGGAGCGCUCCUGGAGCGUCGGCGCGACGCGGGCCCAGGCUUCCGCGCCGUCGCAGCGUCUUGCGAGCUCGUCCUUGUGAUCGAGCGCAUUGCGCCGUCAGAGAUUGACGCGUCUGGGACCGUCGAUGCCAAGGCGCUCUUCCAGGACCCGGCGACGAAGCAGCUCCUCAGCAUCGCGCGCCUCGCCGACGUGACGCUUGAAGCGGGCGCGGUGUUUUGGCACGCAGACGAAGCGGCCGUGCACUGCUUCCGCUUCGACGCGGCCUUUGCGUUCGCCGAGGUCCAGCGCGCAGUCGCGUCCAUUCGCCGCCAGGAGCAGCUCGCGCUCGUCCAGCACAGCCUCGACGCCAAGCACUACGCUACGUGCGCUAACAUCAUGACGUCCAUCGUCGCGACCGAAGAUCGCAAGGAAAAGAACGCGAUCAAGCGCGUGCGCGACGAGCCAGUGCGCGCACGGAAGAAGCAGCCGCGCCACGAUGCGAGCAGCGACAAUCGCACGUUCAACCUCCAGUGGAUUGGCAGCGCGAAACCCGCAAGCGCGAAUGACGCUCGGAGCGUCUGCCACCUCUGCCAUCUCGCACACGACCGUAUGUUCCACUGCCCCAACGGAGAGGCUCGCCACACGUACUGCGCCAACUGCGUGCGAAAGCACUUUGGCCAAGACGAGACCGAGUUUCUCUCGGGCGCGAUUCGGUAUCACUGCCGGCUCUGCGCCCACGCCUGCUCGUGCGAGGCCUGCCAGCUGCCACCGCAGCUGCCGACCUGCGUUGUGUGCACGUCCAAGGACGAUGUGGCGCCGCAUCCGUCUGUCCUCCAGAACACGCGCGGGCAACCGCUCUCGCUCUGCGCGUCGUGUCUCGAGACGCUGCGCGCGAGCCAAGAGGGGUCGGUGCCGUUCUGCACGCUGUGCGGUGGCCUCGACGACACCGAGUUGCGCUGCAGCACGUGCAAGCGCGAGUUCUGCGACCCGUGCCAAGACCUCAUGGGCACCUCGCUAUGUGCGGCGAAAACCAAGUGGCAGUGCGCGUCCUGCGUCCUCCCCUCCUUUGCCUCGAUUGCGAUCCAACCAAAGGCCAAGGCGAUGGGCAUCGUCCUCGUCGACCCGAAUGACGCGCUGACGUACACGGUCAGCUACGCGCAGAUGCUCGUGCAGCGCGAGGCCAACAAAGUCCCGGCCAAGAUCUCGGAAGAUUCGUGCUUCUGCUGCAAGGACGGCGGCGUCCUCAUCGAGUGUGACCACAUCGCUGCGAUUCCAGACAAAGGCCUCUGGCGCUGCCCGCGCCACUUUUGCUUCAAGUGCUCGGCGCCAACGACGCACUGCUGCCGGUUCUGCGUCGCCGCCUACUGCGAGAAGCACGUGCCCCGGGCCGCGGUGAUGCUCGGCCCCGCGCCGUCCGACCUGCCCGACACGACAUACAUAGCGUGUCGCCCGUGCAUCGAGCAGCUCGACGAAGCUGCGGCGCGCGGCUUGCUCCCAAGUGGCUUUUACAAGGCGAUCAUGUAGCCUAACGUCUAUUAAAGCGCUGUGACGCCAUCCC